GCACGUCCAUUGCGCGCACGUUGAUUUUUUUUGGACGACUACGCGCCGCUGCUCUGCUCGUUUGGGGGUCUACUCUGUUUGACAGAUGGGGUUGGUUUGACUCCGAAAACAGCUAAAGACAUUAGUGGGAAAACAUCAAGAAACCCGGCUUCCACAGCCAUGAGAGUUGAACAGAGUGGAAAUGGAGAUAAGUCAACGAACGCGUUUCAGCUUCUCCUCAACCAGCUGAAGGAGAUCACUGGCAUCCAUGAUGCCCAGAUCCUCCAGAGAGCCCUCAACGCCAGUCAGGGAGACGUUGGCCAUGCGGUUGGACUGCUGACAACCAAGCCUGCUGAGGUCCACGAUGCUGGGGAGGACCCAGACUCCGAGACCCAGGCCUGGGAGGCCCAGAAAGGGGGUCCUAAAGAUGAGCUGGAGGUUGCCAUUGAGCUCAGUCUGCAGGAAUCCCACACUAUCCAGGAGGAAGAGCGGGAACUCACCAGGGCUCUGGAGGCCAGUGCCGAGGAGAGCGGAGCCCGAGUCAAGAGGAAGAGGUGCGAGGCCCCCAGCGAAGCCUGCAGCCCCACAGACUGGAUCCGCCAGGAAGACUGGCCCGUGGGCAUCCGCAACGUGGGGAACACCUGCUGGUUCAGCGCUGUCAUCCAGUCCUUGUUCCAUCUGCCUGAAUUCCGGAGACUGGUGCUCAACUAUUGUAUCUCCGAGCGUGUACUGGAGAAGUGCAAGAGCAACGCGGACAAGAGGAACCUGGCCUUCAUGCAGGAGCUGCGCUGUCUCUUUGCUCUCAUGGUGGGCUCCACCUGUAAGUUUGUAGACCCGUCCGCCUCCGUGGAGCUCCUCCGGGACGCCUUCAGGUCCAGUGAGGCCCAGCAGGACGUCAGUGAGUUCACCCACAAACUGUUGGACUGGUUGGAGGACGCCUUCCAGCUGUCGGCCACUGGGAAGUCAGAAGAAGACAAGAAAAAAAAUCCCAUGGUCCAACUUUUCUAUGGAAACUUUGUGACAGAGAGAAAACAUGAAGGAAAAAUAUUGUCAAACAUCGAGCAGUUUGGGCAAUACCCCCUGCAAGUGAAUGGUUUUAACAACCUGGACGAGUGUCUGGAAGGUGCCAUGGUAGAGAGAGAGAUUGAAUCGCUGCAUCCGGAUCAAACCAUCACUUCUAACCGAGAGAGAUGGUUUUCAAAGCUGCCACCCGUGUUGACCUUUGAACUGUCUAGAUUUGAGUUUAAUGCCCAGCUUGGACGCCCCGAGAAGAUACACAAGAAACUGGAAUUCCCACAAGUCAUGUACAUGGAUAGGUAUCUUCACAAAAACAUUGCGAUGACCCACGGCAGGAGGGGCGAGGUGAAGAGACUGAAAGAACAGCUCGCCACCCUUCAGCAGAAACUUGAGUGCUACAAGAACUACGGCUCGGGCCCGUUGAAGUAUCCCCUGGCAGACAUGUUGCAGUUUGUGCUGGAGUUCGCCACCACCAAACCGCCCAGUGCCUCCCAGGCAGAGGACCCCAGGAACGGCGGCUCCCCGGCAACGCCUCCCCCUAGCGACCAACCUGCGGAGUCCGCGUCAGAGGACGGGAGUCCGACCAAUCAGAGUGAGGCGGAGGCGUCGGAGGGUGUGUCAGCCUCCAACUGCCAGCGGACCCCCAUCUAUAAGCCCUUCACCCAGUGCAGACCCCCCAUGGAGUGCCCGCCCCACCCCGCGCCUCACGACGUGAGCGAGGAAGAGCUCCACCACGUCAGGGCCUGCCUGCAGCGCUGGAGGUCCGAGGUGGAGAGCAGCAUCACCGAGCUAAAGGUCAACAUUGAGCGGGUGAGCCAGGUGCUGGAGGGCAUGUACAGGGACAACAGUCUGUGUCAGGUCCCGUACAGACUCCACGCCGUGUUGGUCCACGAGGGGCAGGCCUCGGCGGGCCACUACUGGGCCUACAUCUACGACCACGCCAACAAGCGCUGGAUGAAGUACAACGACAUCGCUGUCACCGAGUCGUCCUGGGAGGAGCUGAUGAGGGACUCGUACGGCGGCAUGACCAACGCCAGCGCCUACUGCCUCAUGUACGUGGACGAGCGGAUCCCCCAGCUAGUCGCAGAGGACACCGACGACGAGACCGGGCAGGUCCUGCGCGGCAUGGACUCCCUGCCCCCCGUUCUGCGGCGCUACGUCCACGCCGACAACUGCUGGUUCCAGCAGGAGAUCAGCGAGUGGGAGGAGCAGUUCUGCCAGAGUCAACAGGUCCAGCAGGUCCAGCAGGGCCAGGCCUCGCAGGCCGGAGAGCCCGCCACCGCCGCUGCCAGCGGGCCCCAGGAAGAGGAGACGUCCCCGGGCUCCGGCCCAGAGGCUGCCCAGCAGACGCCCGUGAAGCGGCAGCCCGGGACGGAGGAGCCGACGGGUUCAGAACCACGGCUGGAGAGGCGGAGCGAGGAGGAGGAGAAGGAGGAGGUAGCGGGGGAGGAGGAGGUGGAGGAGGAGGAGCCGGCAAGACGGGAGGCAGAAGAAGAACGAUCUUCCAGCCCGGCUACUGUGUCCUCCCAGCCAGAGGGGGAGGGCUCUGGCCAUAAGCCAGCGACUGCGAGCAGACCCCCGGCAGUCAGUCCCAGCCAAGACCCAGAGGCAGCCAGUGAACCCGAAGAUAAGGUUGCUCCAGUGAGGGAUCAGGCCCCUCAGUCCCCCAGUACCACUCUAGACCCAGGCAGCCAGAGAGCCCCAGCAACCGCUAAAGCAUCAUCCCCUUCAGCGGAGGAGGAAGAGGAAGGGGACGAGAACGACGCCGAGGUUGCCAUCUUGAGCGCAGCCGCCGAGGGAAGCCCCGAGGCCGGGAGAGCCGAGGACGGAGAACCCGGGGGCCGCCUAGAACCAGGGCCGCGCACGCCCAGGAGCCACCGCGACGUGGAGGAGGACGCCCCGGAGGGGGAGGUGGAGGGGGAGGGGGAGGAGGGCGUGGAGCCGCGGCGGCGCCAGAGGAGGAGCCAGCAGGCGUCGGAGAGCGAGGUGUCGGAGGUGGACAUCCCCAACGUGGGCCGCAUCACGGUGCGGGCCGACGCCGACGGCUACAACGAAGAGAGCAUGCUGACUCCAGCCAUGCAGGGUGUCAUCAUGGCCAUCGCCAAGGCCAGACAGGUGUUCGACGCGGACGGCCCCGAGGCUGGUCUCAUUAAGGCAUUCCACGAGGAGUAUGCGCGGCUCUUCGAGCUGUCCCAGGAAGACAGCACGCUGCAGAGCGACGUGCGCCUGCACCACGCCCUGGUCUACUACUUCCAGAACCAGGCCCCCGGACGCAUCAUCGAGAGGGCCCUGCUGGAGACGUUCACCGACCGCAACCUCAGCUUCGACGACAGGGCGGUGAGCAUCAUGAGGGAGGCGCGGUCCAAGCUGCGUCUGAUCAAGCCGGAGGACAUGGACAUGGACGAGUACUUGGACUGGAAGGAUGACUACAGACAGUUUCGGACCGUGUUUAUCUACCUUCUCACGGGGCUUGAACAGUACCAGCAUGGAAAGGUCCGCGAGGCUCUGAUCUACCUGGCGCACGCCUACCAGAGCAACGCCUCGCUGCUGAAGAAGGGCGAGAGGCGAGGCGUGAAGCAGUCCGUCAUUGCACUUUACCGGAGGAAGUGUCUCGCGGCGCUUAACGAGAGCGCGUCGCAGCUGUUCAGGAGCGGCGAGGAGACAGAGGUGGAAGAGGGCGUGGCCAUCAUGAACGAGGCCAUCAUUCCCUGCCUGCACCUGAUGUCGCGUGACGCCACGCUGGCCCCGGAGGACGCCGACGUCAUGGAGACCAUCCGCGACCACUGGUGCACGUGCCUCAGCCCCGACAUGGAUGAGUCCCUGCAGGUCAAGCUCGGCGAGAUCCUGCCCAGAGUCCUGGACAGUUCAGCGGAGAUGGUGGUGCUGAAAGACCCCCCCAAGGUGCACGGCAGCUUCCCCAAUGACCUGUGUACCCGGCUGGCUGCGGCCAUGGAGUCCAUCCGCAACACGUCCAUAGUGGUCGUUAAGUGAAGGAGAAAGGGAAGGUCGAUGAUCCAGAGGGUCCCUCAGCGGAGCGCCCAGCCCGGAAAAACCUGGAGGCGCCCUGUUCAGGGUUGGCAAACACUAGACGUGUGUAGCAUAGCAACAGGUCAUAUCUGUGAUAUGUGUUUUUAUAUGUUGUUUUAUAUAACUUUUUAACAGGAUUUAUUUCACCUGGAAACAUCGAGCCGUAGCCCAGUUAAAAAGAGAGAGAGAGAGAGAGUUGCAGAGAGUAACACUGGAAACAAAACUACAAUGCAUAGUGCAAAGAUCGUAUUCGACACAGGAAUGGCUUUUCUGAUUGAUUCAAAAUAGAGCCUGGGGACACUUCCUGGGGCCAAGGCAGUGUUUUCCCCCAGCACUGUAUGGUUAAGGCGGCCGCAUUAACAACAAUAGGGCCCCACCUUGACUACCAAUAUAUAAAGAAAUAAUCUCGUAGGGAAAGAAAACAUAUUUCCAUCAGGUACAAAAAAAAAGAUAAAUAAUGCAUCGGUAAUACUGUUCACAACAAUAGUCGUGCCAUCAAGCUUUUUUUAAUGGAAUUGAAUCGGCGGCAUCAGGUGGGUGUAUAUAUUAUUGUGAACUGAAACCCUCACUGAAGACUGCAGGGCUACGAGACAACCCCCCCCGCCCCUUGCCCACCUUGACUAAGACAUUUUCUGGAGGAAACACUGCAAGCCAUCACCUUCCACCAAAAUAAGCCAAUAACAAGAAGCUUUCGUUAUAACAUGAGUUGCACCAUAAAUGGUUCAGGUGUUUAGGGGGUAAAGCCUAAACGCACUUGGGGAGGAUGAACAAGAGUUCGAAUGGAAUAAAAUGUUAUAUUUACGGCACAAUUUAUAUGAAUUCUCAAAAUCAAGACUUGCAGUGAACAGAAUAUGGUAUAUAGAUUAUGGAUUGUAGGUGAUGAACAAAUGUACUUUGUUUAUACACAAACCCUCCAUUUCACACUGCUUUUUCACUUCACAGCCUGUGAUGAUGCUUAAUAAACAGUUGGAAUUCCUUGUGACCCAUUCCUUUAUUU